AUGGCUGAUAGUGAAGAUCAGGUAUAAUUUACUAUAAGCUCUUUAAGGAAUAGAAUACUUCCAAGAGUUUAAUGGAUUUAUCAACCUGACAGUCUUGAUCUAUCAGCCUUACCUAUUUAAAAAUUCAAGCCCAAUUACUAGAUGAAUGAAAUGGAAAAGUCUGAGUUUUUAAGUUAUAACUGGACAAGCAAUAUUGGCUAUCCUAAAGGAGUUCCCAAUAUUCUGAACUACCUGUUAACUAUCGAAUAAAUGGAUUAAUCAAACCCUCAUACUAUAUUGACUCAGAUAUAUGAAUAGCAAACAAAAGUAAUAAAAGAUGUGAUUCAAUUCAUCUAAAAAGAAGAAUAGGCAUAAGGGGAGCAUAAGGGAAAUAUUUUGUCUAAUCACUUUGAUGAGGAAUUAGACUCUAUUAAUCCAGAGAAUAAAACAUAUGGUGAAUAAGGGUAGUAUUUUGGAACUUUUAGAAAUGGGAACAGGCAUGGAUAUGGAAAGUAUACUUUCAGUAAUGGUGAUAGUUACGAAGGAAAAUGGGCUAACAAUCAUAGAACUGGCUUUGGAGUGUAUUAAUAUAAUAAUAACGAGGUAUAUGUUGGAAAUUUCUAUGAAAGCAAGAGGAAUGGUCUAGGCACUUUUUAUUACAAAACUGGAGAUAAAUAUGAAGGUGAAUGGAAAGACGGCCUUAUAGAAGGUCAAGGAGUAUAUCAUUUUACAAACGGAGAUUGUUUUAUUGGUCAAUAUAGAGAAAAUAAAAGACAUGGAGAUGGAAGACUUGUUUAUAAAUCUGGUAUAACGUAUCAUGGAAAUUGGGUAGAUAAUAAACAAAAGGGAAUUGGUUGCUUCAUGUAUGGAAAUGGAGUAUAUAUGGGAGAAUGUGAAGGAGGAUUUAGAUAGGGCAAGGGAGUUUACUUAUUCAAAGAUGGCUCAAAGUAUGAAGGAAAUUGGGUCAGAGGAAAAAGAGAGGGAUGGGGUAUAUAUAUCUAUCCUCUAGGGUCAAAAUAUACGGGAGAGAAUAAAGAAGGUAAGAGAUCUGGUGUUGGAGUAUUUGAAAAGACUGAUCGAGAGGUGUAUAAGGGGAAUUGGAGAAAUGAUAAUAAAAAUGGAUAUGGAAUUAAUAUUAAAAAAGAUGGAAAUAUAUAGGAGGGUUAUUUUCUAGAUAAUGUUUAUAAAGGUGAAAGUAUUGAAGAAUAUUUAGAAAGAGAAUCAUGA